GCCAGAUUUGGUUGAGCCCAGGGUUCCAGCAGAUCCAAGAUGGCGGACUGAGCAGCGCCGUGCAGAAGUUCACUUUUAACUCUAAACGCUGAAGCUUGUUCUCCUCCCUCUCUCUCGUCGAGCUGCUGUUUGUCGUGAACGAAUACCGGUGUGUGAAGACUGAGUGGAGGGCAGCGGAGAUGGCAUCCUCUGUGGAUUUGUUGGUUCUGAAUGCGAACUGGUGAGGGUCCGGGCUGGCAUGUUGUUCUCUAUGUCUGUUCGUCAGAAUUGGGAUGUUCCCAGCAAUGUUGAGUUGAAGGUGUCGUGGCAGUGGAGGAAAAGACAGGCCAAGCAAGGCUCUUCCAGAUUUGGAGCAGAAGGUUUUCAGAUCUGCAGUGUUUUCCAGGUGUCUUUUUCUGGGAUGUCCAGGCAGGGUGGCCUGAGGGGGUUCAGCCCCGAAGCGCAGGCCACCAGCACAGACACUCCCAUUGCUGAGAGACUACACAAGCAUCUACAGACGGACACAUCCAAAUGUAAAGACACCUGCACUGCUGCUUGAAAGAAAGAACUGACCAAGCAGCCAACAGCUCAGACUGAACUUUGGACCUGAUAUUCAGGAGAUCACCUGUGUCGUUGCCAUCUUUUAUUUAGCCGACUGACCUUUCUCCCAAAUAUUUGACAUUCCAUCCAUCAAAUAAUCAUCUAUCCUUCCCUCUGUUCCUCUUUGCAUUCAGUCAUCUGAGUUUUUGCACUGCAGAACUAGAAGUGGAGAAUAGGUAAUGCAUGAUGUUGGCCAUGUUGACCUAGUGUAAAUGGCUAUUCCUCAGCACAGCUCAGUGCCGGUGUCUACUGCUCGAUCUUCCGCCUCCACUCCCUCCUCCUCUCACCCCUACUCCACCUCUCAGCUCUCCUUCACUGUUCACUGCUGCUGCUUGCUGCCCAGUCCUGCCUCCCCCCUCCAACACCAUGGUAGGUGCAGGCUUGGGUGUGUGGAAGCUAAUGAGAGGUGUCCGCCAGCUGGAGCUUCACCGCCUCAUCCUGGCACUUAUCAUCUUCUGCUUACUGUCCAUGGCCUUCCUAGCUUACUACGUCUCAAACAGCCCCAAAAUCAAGGAGGCUCCACCUUUACCCUUCAGUGACUGUGGCGGAGGAGGGGGAAUGUCACCCGGAGCGAGUACUGGGGCAGCUGGAGGAGGAGCAGGUGUCCAGAGGGCACCGCUUUUCCUUCCUUCACGCCAGGGACGAUUACGACAGGUGAAGGCGGUUGACAAUUCCAGGACGCAGCCUGUUGUUCUGGUGUUUGUGGAGAGCAUCUACUCCCAGCUGGGCCAGGAGAUUGUAGCCAUAUUAGAGUCUAGCCGCUUUCACUACCGGACAGAGAUUGCUCCCGGUAAAGGUGACAUGCCCACAUUGACAGAGCAUAAUCGUGGACGCUACACACUGAUCAUCUAUGAAAAUGUGUUGAAAUAUGUCAACCUGGAUGCGUGGAACCGUGACUUGCUGGACAAGUACUGUGCUGAGUAUGGAGUAGGAGUCAUUGGCUUCUUUAAAGCUAAUGAAAACUCUCUUCUUAGCGCACAGCUCAAAGGUUUCCCCCUCUUUCUACACUCACACCUGGGACUCAGGGACUACCGUAUCAACCCCAAUGCACCUCUACUCUAUAUCACCAAACCCAACCAGGUUGAGCAGGGCCCUUUACCAGGGGAUGACUGGACCAUUUUCCAGUCCAACCACUCUACCUAUGAACCAGUGCUUCUGGCUAGCACCAAGUCCUCUGAGGUGCUGGCACAUCUUGGACCCAGCCCUCUCCGGGCCCUCCACGCCACGGUGGUCCAGGACUUGGGACUCCACGAUGGCAUUCAAAGAGUUCUUUUUGGGAACAAUCUCAAUUAUUGGCUUCACAAGCUAGUGUUUGUAGAUGCCAUUGCCUACCUGACAGGGAAGAGACUGUGUUUGUCCUUGGACCGCCACAUCCUGGUGGACGUGGAUGAUAUAUUCGUUGGCAAGGAGGGAACCCGUAUGAAGGUGUCGGAUGUGGAGGCGUUGCUCAACACUCAAAACAAGCUGCGAGCACUGGUCCCUAAUUUCACCUUCAAUUUGGGAUUCUCUGGAAAGUUCUAUCAUACAGGUACUGACGAGGAGGAUCGGGGAGAUGACAUGCUGUUGCAGCACAGGAUGGACUUCUGGUGGUUUCCUCACAUGUGGAGCCACAUGCAGCCUCACCUUUUUCACAACGUCAGUGUCUUGGCUGAGCAGAUGAGGCUCAACAAGAUCUUUGCUCAGGAGCAUGGCAUUCCGACAGAUAUGGGCUACGCAGUGGCUCCGCACCACUCUGGGGUUUACCCAGUUCACAGCCAGCUCUAUGAGGCCUGGAAGUCUGUGUGGGGCAUCAAGGUGACCAGCACUGAGGAAUACCCCCAUCUGAGGCCAGCUCGAUACCGUCGCGGCUUCAUUCAUAAUGGGAUCCAGGUGUUGCCCAGGCAGACCUGUGGUCUGUUUACCCAUACAAUCUUCUACAAUGAAUACCCAGGAGGCUCAAAGGAGCUGGACAAGAGCAUCAGAGGAGGAGAACUCUUCCUCACUGUCCUCCUAAACCCUAUCAGUAUCUUCAUGACCCACCUGUCUAACUAUGGCAAUGAUCGGCUGGGUCUGUACACCUUCGAGUCUCUGGUGAAGUUUGUCCAGUGUUGGACCAACCUCAGGCUGCAGACGUUGCCCCCUGUCCAGCUCGCUGAGAAAUACUUUCAGAUCUUCCCUGAGGAGAGAGACCCCCUCUGGCAGAACCCUUGUCAUGACAAGAGACACAAAGAUAUCUGGUCCAAAGAAAAGACCUGUGACCGACUCCCCAAGUUCCUCGUCAUUGGACCACAGAAAACCGGCACUACAGCGCUUCAUUCAUUCCUGAGCCUCCACCCGGCAAUCACCAGCUCCUUCCCCAGCCCCACCACCUUUGAGGAGAUCCAGUUUUUCAGUGGAGCAAACUAUGACAAUGGGAUUGACUGGUACAUGGACUUCUUCCCAUUCCCUUCCAAUGUCAGCACAGAUUUCAUGUUUGAAAAGAGUGCCAACUACUUUGACACAGAGGUAGCUCCUAAGAGAGCUGCUGCCCUGCUUCCCAGAGCCAAAAUCCUGGCUGUGCUCAUCAACCCGUCUGACAGAGCUUACUCCUGGUACCAGCACCAGAGAGCCCACCAGGACCCUGCAGCCCUCAAUAACACUUUCCAUGCAGUGGUGACUGCUGGCCUCUCAGCCCCCAGGGACCUGCAGGCCCUCCAGAGACGCUGCCUUCAUCCCGGGGCCUAUGCUACUCACCUGGAGCGCUGGCUGCAACACUACCAGCCCAGUCAGUUGCACAUCGUGGACGGCGCCCUGCUGCGCUCCAAUCCAGCACUGGUCAUGGAGGGGAUCCAGAGAUUCCUUGGUGUCACUCCCAUCUUCAACUACACCCAGGCUCUAAUGUACGAUGACAGCAAAGGUUUCUGGUGUCAGCGGGUGGAAGGAGGUCGAGCAAAAUGUCUGGGGAAGAGUAAAGGCAGGAAGUACCCUGAGAUGAGUUCUGAGUCGCGUGCCUUCCUGGCAGAGUACUACCGUGAGCACAACAUGGAGCUGCUGCAUCUGCUGAAUCGGUUGGGCCAACCGCUGCCGUCCUGGCUCCGCCAAGAACUCCAGAGCACGAGCUGGAGCUGAGGCCACAUGCUCUCACACACACAGACAGACAGACACAGGACAGAAAAGCCGGGACUGGAGUCUGUGGAUGAGCCAACCGCUUGGCUCUGGAUUAGACUGGACUACCUGAUCUGGAAUCAACAGCAGCACACACUGAAUGAGCUACAAGGUUUGAGCCGAUGUUACCGGUGCUCCUGGCAAGAAGAAGACAACAUGAGGUCUUUCUUUAAACAUUGGGCACCGUUGGAGAAGUGGACUCUCCCUCCAACUCCUGAUUUGUUGCCAACCUCCCGCGAGCACUGGACAGCCCUCAACCUCAGUGUGUGUGUGUGUGUUGGACCGGGGUGACAUCAGUUUGCUGUGGAUCCAGAGGGACUGGGUGACCAGCAGGUUUGAGGCAUAAAGACCAGGUCCGACAGCCUUAACACGAGGAGAGAAAGUCACAGGGCGAGCGCGUGUGGAUGUGAGUGUAUGACUGGAUACAGGACUAACAUACACACACACACACACACACACACACACACACACACACACACACACACACACACACACACACGCCUCAUCUCUCCACAAGAAUGAUUGUAAAGCAGUCAAUUUUCAAAAGCAGUUGUAUAUGUUAGGUGUGAGGGAGAGCAAAAUGGCCAUCAGCCUGAAGCAGACAGUACAGACAGUACAGACAGACAGACGGUCCAUAUCCUGGUCCAGGUUUCUCUGCUACACACACACACACAUUUACCUGCAGGUCUAGCCAACAGUCGGGGUGCUGCCUUUUAUCCUCAGUUUUCCAGUCUGUUUAAUGUCGUGGCAGACAUUUUAAAAUGGAUUUGUCUAACAUGAUGACAGCUCAAUGUAAAUAUCAUGUGUUCAGAUUUGGUACAUGUGGUCCAGGCUCUGCCUCGCAACAUCCUGUCAGGGAAGCUGUUUUUUCACUGAGGUGAAGAUGGUUUUUGAAUGAUAAUGGACUAUACUCCACAUUGGCAAAUUUCUCCAGUUUUUAUUUUAAAUUGCUUUAUAUUCUUGCUCUUAACCUGCAUAGCUUCCAUGUUUCAAUACUGGAGUGAAGCACACAGCACUGCGGAGCAAAGCUUGAUGUAGGACUGGAGUUUUAGUUAUUUGUGUAUGUAUUAAAGGUCCAACCUUUCAGAGGAUCUGUUGUCAGAAAUGGAAUAUAAUAUUCAUAGCUAUGUUUUCAUUAGUGUAUAAUCACCUUAUUAUACACUAACAUUUUUAUCUACAGAGGGAGCGGGUCGUCUUCCAUGGAGUUCGCCAUGUUUCUACAGUAGCCCAGAAUGGACAAACCAACCACUGGCUCUAGAUAGAGCCUUUUGCUUUUUCGCCAGUUUCACAGCCACCAUAGUUUCUCCUACACACUUCACAGCCCGUUCUCCCUCCCAGGUCGUCAAAUACAGACGCGAGUGGUGUUCAGUUAGUGGCUAGAUGCCACUAAAUCCUAUACACUGGUCCUUUAAGUGUAGUUAUACAUACCAAGCUGAGGGGCAAGACUAGUGAGAAACAAAGCUGAAAUAUGUAUAACUGUCCAAAAACCUCCAACUGUGCAAACACUUCCUGGCUGCACAUGAUUGGACAAACCCUUUCUGCUCCAGGAUUUUAAACCAGGCCGAAAUGGCUCUAGUAUUAUGAAAGCAGCUCACUGAAAUGUGUGUCUGAAAAGAUUUGAGGCGUAAGUCUGUUUUUUUUUUUUGUUGUUUUUUUUUUUAAGAUCAACAACGGUCAAUUAAAACGUUUUUGUGAAUUUCACCUGAUUUGUAUGAAGUAGACCUAGACCUCUAUUUUAUGCAAAUGAGGAGCAGCCAACGUGACGCUCCGUCUCUUGAAAUGCAAUACCAGAAUGCACUGCACAGCUUCUUACAUAGACAGUGAAUGGGAAGCGUGGAAAUGACUGAUCCUGUGGACCAGUCAGUACCUUUAGCCAACUAAUUUUCCAAGAAAUAAAGUGUUUUUAGUGAUGAAAGGAAUAUUAUUAUUGAAUGAAAAUGGUCCAUUGUAAAUUUGCAGUUUGUCUACAGAGACAAAUGUUACCCCUAAACUUGUGUAAGGUUGGGCGACUGAAGAGACAGAUUUUUAAAAAUGACUUUCUGCCUGGUACAUUUCAAACUUCACGUCUCAAGCUGGUGACUCCUGCUAUCUGUUUAUAACCUCCAAGCUGAGAUAAGACCAUCAGGGUUACUUUCUCAGACUUGACAAAGCUCCUCCAGAACCACAGAAGACAUACAAAUGGUUACAGACACAAGACCAACCACGACCAGCAAGUUAAGUAUUUGGUCGAAAAUGUGCUUUUUAUUUACUUUAUCAUCAAUCGAAAAGUGUUCUUGACUGUGAUGAACAGUUAAGCAGUCUUUUACAGUGAUCCUGACAGGAUGUGAGCAUGCAGUACAGUCCUGGACCAGAGCUAUUUAAACCUAGUGUGGGUUGUGUUUGACUGUGAAAAGGGGAAUAAGCACCUCAGUGAAUAAGUGCUACACAGAAACAUUUAAAGCCUAUCACAUGUCAAAUAUCUUCUGAAAACCAACACAGAGUGCUACACACACACACACACACACACACAGUCACUUGUCUCCAUCUGAGGACAGACACCACGAAUGUCAUUGGACGAGAGGACAGCCGUCGGAGCCAGUAUGGAGAUGAAUCAGAAGCUGCUGUCUUGUUUUCUGUUUGUUUUGUAUAAAUGUCAAAAAGGCCAACACUGUAUCAUCUCUAAUAAACACAGGGAGGUUGGAAA